UCACACCUAUCGUCUUCCAUUUCGCUCUUCCACGCUUCGAGCGCAUGCCGGAGAUGAAAAUUAAGCAGAAAAACUAAAAUAGCAAAAGUCCGUUGAAAAAACAAACAGUCAAUGGAGAAAGCGUCGCCGCCAUCUUCACCGUCAAGCUCAAUUGACGGCGGAAGAGAAUUACAAUGCGUAGGGAAACUAGAAAUCAUUACGCCUAAACCGGUCGGUUUUCUCUGCGGCUCAAUUCCGGUUCCUACAGAUAAAUCAUUCCACGCUUUCAAUUCAGCUCUCGUUCCCUCUCCUCACACUGUAAGUGCGCCGAGAUAUCGGAUGUUGCCGGCGGAGACUGAUCUUAAUACGCUUCCCGUUGUUACUAACUUACCUGAAAAAGUUCUUCCUGUUUCGGCUGUUCAAUCUAAGACUACUGGAGAAUUACCUUGGGGGGGAGAUGCAGUUUCAUCAAAUCUUUCUAGAAAAUGUGAAGCUCUUGCCGUGUCUGGUUUGGUGGAGUAUGGAGAUGAGAUUGAUGUGAUUGCUCCUACUGACAUUCUGAAACAGAUCUUUAAAAUGCCAUAUUCUAAGGCACGGUUAUCAAUUGCAGUUCGUCGUAUUGGACAAACUCUUGUUCUGAAUACUGGGCCUGAUGCCGAAGAGGGAGAAAAAUUGGUUAGAAGACACAAAAAUCAAUCAAAAUGUGCAGAUCAAUCUUUAUUUUUGAAUUUCGCUAUGCAUUCAGUCAGAAUGGAGGCUUGUGAUUGUCCUCCAACUCAUCAUUCUUCCUCUGAGGGGCAAUCAAACUCAUCUGUCCUUCCUGGUAUUGAUACUUCUCAUCUUGUGGGGCAGACUGAUGGUGCCACUGUAAAUGGAGGAGGCAACCGUUUUUCGGAGUAUCCACAGGUAAAAGAAGAUGGGUUCAUCUUGGAUAACAAAAAGAAUAAAAGAAAUAAGGACCAUCAUCCUGUGAAAAAGGCUUCACUUGUUGGUGAAAAGCCUAGAUGCUCAGUUCAAGAAUCUGAAAAGCAUAAAAGAGUCAGUAACGAUGGAUUUUUAAGGAUUCUGUUUUGGCAAUUUCACAAUUUCCGAAUGCUCCUAGGUAGUGACUUACUCCUGUUCAGUAAUGAAAAAUAUGUUGCCGUGAGCUUACAUUUAUGGGAUGUAACGCGACAGGUCACUCCCUUAACUUGGCUUGAAGCCUGGCUUGACAAUGUAAUGGCAAGUGUGCCUGAGUUAGCCAUCUGUUAUCAUCGAAAUGGUGUUGUUGAGGGUUACGAACUUCUAAAAACAGAUGAUCUAUUUCUUCUGAAAGGCAUUUCUGAAGAUGGUACUCCAGCUUUUCAUCCUCAUGUUGUACAGCAAAACGGCCUCUCUGUUCUGAGGUUUCUUGAAGAAAACUGCAAGCAAGAUCCUGGAGCUUAUUGGCUUUAUAAAAGCGCCGGUGAAGACACAAUUCAACUUUUUGAUUUAUCUAUCAUUCCCAAGAACCAUCCAUCUGACAGUUGUGAUGAUAGCUCAAGCUCCCUGCCAUCUUUGUUCAAUACUAGGACAAGUGAUUCCUUCUUUUCAUUGGGAACUCUCCUCUAUCGUAUUGCUCACAGGCUUUCCCUUUCAAUGGCAACUACUAAUAGGGCAAAGUGUGCAAGGUUCUUCAUAAAAUGUUUGGAAUUCCUGGAUGAACCAAAUCAUUUGGUUGUCCGUGCAUUUGCUCAUGAACAAUUUGCAAGACUUCUUCUGGAUCAUGAUGACGGGCUGGAAUUGAAUUUGACAUCUCAAUCAUUUCCUGUGGAUUGUGAAGUUAUUGAAUCACUCGACUCUUCUAGUGUUUUGGGAUCAAUCGUAUAUGAAAACCUCUCCUCAGUAGCUGCAGAAGACAGAUUGAGUCAAGAUGGAAAAAACCUUGAUCGUCUAAUAUCAGAAGUUUCAGUGAAGAUGUCUUUGGAGGCAAAUGCAUCUAAUCCAAAUUUGAUACCGUCAAGCUUAAUAGACUCACAGGACUCAGAUGUAUUGCUGCCCAGUUCCUGUGCUGAAGAAAACUUUGCAGUGUGUAAAAUGUCUCCUUCAUCUGCAUGUGUAGUUCAAACUGUCGCUGAUCCAAUCUCAUCUAAGUUAGCUGCAGUUCAUCAUGUUUCUCAGGCAAUAAAAUCUCUGAGAUGGAUGCGUCAACUACAAGGUACUGAAGGAAAGUUGGUUGACCAGGAAAGUUCUAUUCAUAAUAGGCCGUCUUCAUCCAUGAACUUUUCUGUUUGUGCAUGUGGUGAUGCUGACUGUAUCGAAGUUUGUGAUAUUCGAGAAUGGCUACCGACAUCAGAAAUAGAUCAUAAAUUGUGGAAACUUGUUCUUCUGCUUGGAGAAUCUUAUUUGGCUCUAGGUCAAGCUUACAUAGAGGAUAACCAGCUGCAUCAAACUCUGAAAGUAGUAGAUUUAGCAUGUUCUGUUUAUGGAUCAAUGCCACAGCAUCUGGAGGACACAAGGUUUAUUUCCUCAAUUAGCAAAAAUUCAUCGCUAACAAAAUGCAAUAAUAAAAAUGAGAAGAAAAUAUCAUAUAUUGAUGAUGCAAAAGAAGUGAAAUUCAGCACUGGUGAUGAUUCUCUUGCUUUUGAACGAUUUUCUUCUACUUAUAGUUUCUGGGCCAAGGCGUGGAUACUGGUUGCAGAUGUUUAUGUUGAGUUUCAUGUCAUGAAGGGUAAAGAGCUGUCAUUACAAUCAGACAGGAAACCUGUUACUGGGGAACUGAGAAUGUCAUCUGAGGUUGUGGAGGAAGUACAAAGAUUAAAAAGGAAGCUUGGUCAAGAUGUUCAGAAUUGUAGUUCAUGUUCUUUAGUGAAUUGCAGCUGCCGGAGUGAUAGGGCAAGCAGUGGUAGCAGCGCUAGCAGUAGCACAGGGGACAAGAAAUCUAUAGUUUAUAGUAGGAAGCAUGGUAAAAGAUCUCUUGUGAAGAGUUCCACCCAGUUACAUAAUGGAGACGCUGAUGAUAGCUGCACUCAUCAGAGAGACAGUAGGAGAAGUUCUGAUAGUGUACAUACCCGACUCAAUCGAGGUGGAGAUGCUCCAACUGAUGUUUGUGGAGUGGGAAUGGGUGAACUUGGAUUAAAUUCCUCGGAAGCUGCUAAUUCUGUUUCUAACAGUGGAGAGCUGGGUGGUUUGGAAAUGCAUGAAGGGUUCAUGGUGACGUGUCAAAGUGAAACCACUUCAAAAGAGAUACCUAAAGUGAAGAAUGGCGGGAUAUUUAAGUAUCUUAGAAAUUUGGUUGUUGGAGAUGCAGAAUACUAUCUUUGUACUGCUAUAAGUUGCUAUGAAGAAGCCAGAAAAGCAUUGACAGAAAUUCCUACAGAUUCAUCUGAACUCCAUUCUGUAACUAAAAAGAUUGGGUGGGUGUGCAAUGAACUGGGGCGAAAUAGGCUUGAAAGAAAAGAAUUGACCAAAGCUGAACUUACCUUUGCUGAUGCUAUAUUGGCAUUCAGAGAAGUUUCUGAUUACUCCAACAUAAUAUUAAUCAAUUGUAACCUGGGCCAUGGUAGACGUGCAUUGGCUGAAGAAAUGGUAUCAAAAUUUGAAAGUUUAAAAUCACAUACUAUUUUUCAUGAUGCAUGCAAGCAAGCUUUGCAAACUGCAAAACUACAGUACUGCAAAGCACUGAGAUAUUAUGGGGCAGCAAACUCAGAACUGAAUUUUAUUAAAGAAGAGGACAACGUAAAGUCAGGCAGCUUGAGGAAUGAAGUACUUACACAAUUUGCUCAUACAUAUCUGAGGCUUGGCAUGCUUCUGGCAAGAGAAGAUACUACUGCAGAAGUUUAUGAGACUGCAGCCUUAGAAGAUGUGACUGUUUUUCAUAGUAGUCCUAGUAACAAAAAGGAAAGAAGAGAAUUAAGGAAGCAUGAGAUUUCUGCGAACGAUGCCAUUAGGGAGGCAUUGUCUGUUUAUGAAUCUCUCGGUGAAUUACGGAAACAGGAAGCUGCAUAUGCUUACUUUCAGCUUGCAUGCUACCAACGGGAUUGCUGUUUGAAAUUUUUGGAAUCAGAUCAAAGGAGAAAGUUGCCUAAAGGUGAAAAUAGUGUUAUUCAACGGGUCAAGCAAUAUGCUAUCUUGAGUGAAAGGAAUUGGCAAAAAGCAAUGGACUUUUAUGGCCCAAAGACACAUCCAACUUUGUACCUAACUAUUCUUACAGAGAGGUCAUCUCUUUCAUUACACCUCUCUAGUGCCUUCAAGUCAAAUACAAUGCUAGAAUCUGCUCUAACACGCAUGCUUGAAGGACGACAUGUAUCUGAAACAGUUUCGGACACUUUCGGAUCUGAUCAUCCGGAGGUGUAUGGAAAAUUUUGGGGUCACUUGCAAUCUCUUUUAAAAAAGAUGGUGGCCUCGACAAUUUCUGCAAAUACAAAUAGAUCUUCAGCUGCUGUGCAGCCAACCUCAGCAUCCAGCAAGGCUGAUGCUGGAAAACUCAGGGAGCUAUACAAGAUGUCCUUGAAAUCUACUGAUUUUAAUCAGUUACAUUCUAUGAACAUUUUGUGGACAUCAUAAUCUAAAAAUUUGACUCUGCACUUUGUGGAUCGCAUCCUCUGAAAAUACAUCUUGUACAAAAGGGUCAUAGACAUGCAGCAUAUUGUUUUUGGUUCGACUCAACCUGAUACCAGCUGAGACUCUGAAACGCUUUCGAGAGUGCGUGGGGUUUUGGAGUUAGCAUAAUGCAAGGGAGAGCAAGCCUGGUAAAAUACAAGGUGAAAGCUGCACAUGAAUGUACCAGUCAUCCUACCCGGUAAUAGAGGUGCACGAACUGUGCGCUGGUGAAGCUCUUUUUAGCAAAAUGCAAGUGGACAGUUGAUUGUAUAAGGCAUAAAGGGUUUCAUACUGUAUCAUAAUGUCAAACAUUUAUGUUUGUCUACGAGCUAUUUUUCCAGGGACAAGCUGAUGUGCAGAAUGUGAAUGUAGAACUACUCGGAUUUUUUUCUUCUUCAUAUAAAUACUGUCAAUUGUUGUCAGGUUUUGCCCAAAUUAAUCCUUAGCAAGAGAGCCGACAUUCAGCUAUAGAUAUCUCUUCCAACGAAGGGGAGACUCGACAAUGACGCCUCAUCAACCGACAAGAGGCAUUACUCAGCAUUGUUAAUGAUAUUAGAAAUAGCAAUUAGCUAAAUUUCUUUCUUUUUAAUCCAAGCUAUUGAUUAUGGGUUAUCUUGUAUAUAACAGAGAUUUCCUUAGUACCUUUGUAGAUAUGGUUGGCAAUUUUGCAAUUAGAAGAUAUUGGUAGUACUAUAGCUACUCUGCGCGA